UAGCGACGUGCACAUUGGAAACAGCUCGGCUCGGCUGGUCGGGGAGGCGCUCGGAGUCAGCCGGCCGCCUCAGCACCCGCACCCCUCAGCAUCAGCACCGCGGCCGCGGAAUAACACACACAUAACAGGUCAAUCCCGUGUCGCCCGUAGCAAAGCGAUUGGUCGCGACCACAGCUCAUUGUUCGCUUUCGCCUAUCCACAAGACAAACCGGGGCGAAGGACGAGAGGAAAUGGAAGCUGUGGAUGAGCCGAGCCCUCGCCUUAUGAUGACAUCAUGAUGCACCCCCCCUCCACGCGAUGAACCCCCCGUCCAGCGGCGCGGCAGACACGCCGCGCCAGGCGGAAAGCAGCGCGCGCCCCAAGAAGCAACGUGCGACAUCGCCGGCCGGCGGCAAGGAAGGCGCGGCGUCCAAAGGUGCCGCUGCGCAGAAGGGCGUCAAGACGUCGAAACAAGGCGGAGGAAGCGGAAGGAGCAGUCGUGGUCAUUCCCCGGUGUCCACGACUACGGGCAGGGAGCGGCAGACCUGCACGAAAGGCGCAGCUGCUGUCCAGGCGGCAAGCGGUACGGAAAGUCCGCCGCCGGGCCCGGGCGGCAGGGCGUCGGCGGAACGCGGCAGCCAUGCGCCUGACGACGCGUCGUCGCCCUCCUCCCGGUCAGAGCAGAACCGCGUAGUGUCGGAUCAGCCCUGCGCCUCCAAAUCCCCCAAGCUGCGCAGCAAACAGCCGAGAGGAGGGGAGGCGAAGAAGAGCUCCAAGAGUGCCGUAGGGUGCGGACCGGGCUUCUGGAAGGAAGGCUGUCUGCAGUCCGAGCUGAUCCAGUUCCACCUGAACAAGAGCCUUGGGAAGAAAGGCACGAAGAUGAAGCAGGUGUCCCCCCCGACGUCAGAGCCGGAGCUAUCCCCCGAGGAGGAGCCUCCUCCGCACCCUCAGCCCGACGAGAGGCUGCAGGAGGAGAUAGAGAAGCUGGAGGAUGAGAACGAGGAUCUCAAGAACGAGAUGGAGGAGAUGCGGGCGGAGAUGGACGAGAUCCGGGACACCUUCUACGAGGAGGACGCCUGCCAGCUGCAGGACAUGCGGCGCGAGCUGGAGCGCGCCAACAAGAACUGCCGCAUCCUGCAGUACCGCCUUCGCAAGGCCGAGAGGAAGAGGCUGAGGUUCGCCGAGACGGGCGAGGUGGACGGAGAGCUGCUCCGGAGCAUGGAGCAGGACCUCAAGGUGGCCAAGGACGUGUCGGUGCGGCUGCACCACGAGCUGGAGAACGUGGAGGAGAAGCGGAUGAAGACGGAGGAGGAGAACGAGAGGCUGAGGCAGAAGCUCAUCCAGGUGGAGAUCACCAAGCAGGCCCUGCACAACGAGCUGGAGAAGUCCAAGGAGCUGUCGCUGAAGAGACGAGGAGGCAAGGAGGGAGGGAGGGCAGAGAGGAGGGCCCCACAGACCCCGGUGGAGGAGGAGAACGAGGACCUGAAGUGCCAGCUGGCCUUCAUCAAAGAGGAGGCCCUCCUGAUGAGGAAGAAGAUGGCCAAGAUCGACAAGGAGAAGGACCGCCUGGACCAGGAGCUGCAGAAGUACCGCUCCUUCUACGGCGACGUGGACAGCCCCCUGCCCAAGGGGGAGGCCGGGGGACCCCCCUCCAGCCGCGAGUCGGAGCUGAAGCUCCGGCUGCGUCUGGUGGAGGAGGAGGCCAACAUCCUGGGGAGGAAGAUCGUGGAGCUGGAGGUGGAGAACCGCGGGCUGAAGGCGGAGCUGGACGACAUGAGAGAGGACUGUCUUGCGGCUGCGGGUCCAGACGGCUCCGGUAACGGGGGCCAGUCCAGGGAGCAGGGGGAGGCUCUGUCAGAGCUCCGGCAGCAGCUGCAGCUGGUGGAGGACGAGGCGGAGCUCCUGAGGAGGAACCUGGCAGAUGUGGAGGAGGAGAAUAAAAAGAGGUCUUCCUUCCCGAUCCCGUAUUGA